AAGUGCGGCGAGCCCGGGGACGCGCUGGCCGCGCCGGCGGUGGGACGCCUCUGUCCCUCUCCGGUCUUUUACUCCCGGCUCGGGGACGAGGAGGCCCCAGAAGAACCUUGGGAUGGACGAAGAGGGAGUGCGGCAGCCCUCCGGGCCACCCACGAGGAAGAAGUUCUUCAUACCACUGGAUGAGGAUGAGGCCCCUCCUGCGGGGUUCAAGCCCUUAUUCAAGUCCACGGGGAGCCUUCCCACCAUGGAGACCUCAGCCCAGGCCCCCCCUCAGACCUACGCCGAGUAUGCCAUCUCGGGACCUCCAGGAGGGGCUGGGGCUCCACACCCCACGGGGCCAGAACCCCUGGCAGGAGAGACCCCCAACCAGGCCCCCAAACCGGGGACGAAAUCCAGCAGCAUCAUUGUGAGCCCCCGGCAGAGGGGCAACCCCGUGCUGAAGUUUGUGCGUCAUGUGCCCUGGGAGUUUGGUGACGUGCUUCCCGACUAUGUGCUGGGCCAGAGCACCUGUGCCCUGUUCCUCAGCCUCCGCUACCACAACCUCCACCCGGACUACAUCCACGGGCGGCUGCAGAGCCUGGGGAAGAGCUUCGCCCUGCGGGUCCUGCUCAUCCAGGUGGACGUGAAAGAUCCACAGCAGGCCCUCAAGGAGCUGGCUAAGAUGUGCAUCCUGGCUGACUGCACCCUGGUCCUUGCCUGGAGCCCUGAGGAGGCCGGGCGGUACCUGGAGACCUACAAGGCCUAUGAGCAGAAGCCGGCCGACCUCCUGAUGGAGAAGCUGGAACAGGACUUCGUCGCCCGGGUGACUGAAUGCCUGACCACCGUGAAGUCUGUCAAUAAAACCGACAGCCAGACCCUCCUAACUACUUUUGGGUCUCUGGAACAGCUCAUAGCUGCGUCCCGAGAAGAUCUGGCUUUGUGCCCGGGCCUGGGGCCCCAAAAGGCCCGGAGGCUGUUUGAUGUCCUACACAAGCCCUUCUUGAAAGUGCCCCGAUGACCCCAGCUGCCAGAGAGGCCCUCGUUGUAACAAUAAAGCAUUUUCCAGGUUU